CGCGCGCGCACAGGCUUCACUAUAUUUUGACAGCUUCUCCAGUGAGGAGGCAUCUCGCUCAGGAGCGCUUUCACUUUCUCUUGCCUUUCCGAGCACACUCGCUGUGAGCCUGGGGUUGACUCACUCCAAACCUUUUAACCAGAAGCCCCUGCAGCACGGCACCAUGAGCAAAAAGAAAAAGGAGUGGAGAGCGGAGAAAGACCGCUUGCUAGGCCUUGGACAGGAGGAAAGACGUAAAGAGUAUGGAGACAACUACAUGGCUCUGGACAAGAUUCCCACCUGGAGGCAUCACCACAGUAGAGAGCCAGAGGUAGAGGAGGAAAACCCUGUCUCAUUGUGUGACAAAGUCUCUCUGUACAAGGGUGACAUUACCAUCCUGGAAGUGGAUGCCAUCGUGAAUGCUGCGAACUCCAGUCUCCUCGGCGGUGGUGGAGUGGAUGGCUGCAUACACAGAGCAGCGGGACAUUACCUGUAUGAAGAGUGCCACUCACUAAAUGGCUGCGAGACGGGCAAAGCCAAGAUCACCUGUGGCUAUGACCUUCCUGCCAAGUAUGUCAUCCACACUGUUGGCCCCAUUGCUAGAGGAAACGUGGGCCUGGUCCAAAGAGAAGAUCUCGCAUCCUGCUACAAGAGCUCCCUAAAGCUGGUGAAGGACUAUAGUUUGCGCUCUGUGGCCUUUCCAUGCAUAUCGACAGGGAUUUAUGGUUUUCCCAAUGAGCCGGCUGCUGACAUCGCCCUGAACACCGUGAGGGACUGGCUGAAGGAGAACAAGGACAAGAUCGACCGCAUCAUAUUUUGCGUCUUCUUGGAAAACGACUAUGGGAUUUACAACAGGAAGAUGUCAGAUUACUUCCCUCUAGAUAACGAAGAAUGUGAGGAGGGGAAUGUGGCCCACACGGAGGAUGAUGCUAAUAAAAAUGAUACUGAUGAUGUUCCGAUGGACAGCCAGGUAGACCAAGAUGUUGAGAUGCUGAGCCAGGGAGACGAUGUGGAUGAUCUUGACACACCAAGCCAGCAGCCAGAAACCUGCACUUCAGCCCCUGAAAAUCCUGCAAAGGAAAAAACUACAGAAAGAAGUGACCCAGUAGAGGAUGAGAAGUCAGCAGGAGAGAGCAAACCCAAGCAAGAGAAAGAGAAGCAUGAUGAAAAGAAGGGCGAUUCAGAGGAAGGCGCUGGUGGUACUGGGGUUGAGAAGGAGAAGAGUGCCAGAGAGAAGACUGAGAAUGCUCCUGCUGAUACAAAACAAGAAGAUGAGGAAGACCAAGUAACAAGCAUGAACAGCAAGGAAACAGACAGUCAAGGAUUACUGGAGACCAUGGAGGUAGAGGGUGCUGAAAAUGAGGAGAAAAACACAACUACAGACAGCAGCAAGUCUGAAGGUGAAGUGAAACAUCAGGAUAAAAGCCCUGCAGAAACAAACCAAGCAACUCAAACAGACAGCAGUCAGUCCAAAGAUGGCUCCAGUGAUAAGGGUGAGCCAAGUAAGGAGUGAGAAGACAAUCAGCCUCAUAGUUACACGCACCGGCAAACUGUGCGAAGGUGAACAUGACACCACACGAUGGAGUCUCCUGAAAAAAAAAAAACCCAGGGAGAGGAUCUGUCCACCACCAUCCUCCUUCUUCCCUUCCUUUCUUCCUUUCCUUUCUUUUCCUCAUUUGGUUCGGAAUUUAAUGAAACAUAUAUGAUAUUAGAGAGGCACACGUGAACAUAUCGAAGAGUCUAGUGGGUUAUGGGGUGAUACUUUACCUCACUGAAUUGCUGCUUGAUCAUUUCCAUUCUCCAGGUUUCCUGGUACUGGAUCUGAACAGGUUUAAAAAAAAAAAAAAAAAAGUUAGUACUCUGGGUUAGAUGGGUUCUUAAUUUAUACUUAUAAAGAAUAUAUUCUCAAUGAUUGAUGCUUUGCACAAGGUCUGCUGUAACACAGCACCUUUACAUCAAUUACAAAUAUGUUUGAUUUUUUUUUCCUUUAAUACUUAAUGCUACGAGUGAUGUGUCAGUAUGAAUGUCCAUGUCUUCAUAUGGCCAUAUGGAUGAAUAUGCAAGCCAAUGAUGAAAUGAAACACUUGGCAUUAAUACAGUAAGUGCUUAGUGAAAUGGGAAAAUAACAGAUGCAUUUUAGUGCUUGGAUUCCACAUGCAAUUAAUAUAAAUUAAAAAAACUGAUAUAUGAAUUAUAAAUAUAUUAAAUAAAUAUAUUAAAUAAAAUAAAUUAACUAAAUAGUAUGCAAAAUAAUACGGAUUUCCAAAUUCUAUAUAUUCUAUAUGUGGAUAGUUUAAUUUGAAUGUUGAAUGUGGAAAGGAGACUUCAUAGAGAAGUUUUUCUUUUUGUUUAAAUACUGGCCUGAGAGAACAGUCAAACCAGUGUAGUUUAAACUAAAUAUGAAAACUACAGCAUAUCUUUUUUUGUGAUUAUUUUUCUUCUUUAAAAUGCCGUUAAUAUGUUGUGGGUCUGUACGGUAAUGCAUCACUACACAUCAUCUCUCAGAGAGGUUCACGUUUUUUCAUGCAUUGUGCUACAAAAACCAUGCCACACUAUUAAAACCUCUCUUACAUCUCUUUUUAUGUCCACGUUUCUUACAGUUACUUCUAAUCUUGCUCACUGAUGAUUUGUUUUUGUGAAGUUUGUUAACAGAUGAAUGUUUCUCAGUUUUUACCCUAAUGCAUGCAAACAGGUUUCUUUGUGUUUUUUUUUCCUUUCUUUUUUAAAUUUUAAACAGAUCGCACUCUCAAUAUUUUUACUAAACUUUGUGUGUUCCGAAAAAAAUCAGCCUUAUUUGACAGGACAGAUACUAUAAGAUCACAAAAACGAUGGAAGUGCAACAUGCAAAUCUGAUGCUUGGAAUGAUUAUGAAUAUAUAUAUAUAUAUAUAUAUAUAUAUACACACACAUAUAUAUAUAUAUAUAUAUAUAUAUAUAUAUAUAUAUAUAUACAUAUAUAUAUAUAUAUACACACACACACACACAUACUUGGUAUCCUCUUUUGUUUCUCGGGUUCAAGGUGAAAAGUCAAAAAACUAUAUUUCAUUUGUUUUGUUGGAAGGUUUGAUCAAUUACUUGAAGUGGUGCCAUAAUUAUAUCAGAUGACUUUAUGCCUUCAUAAAAUCGAUGUUUGCUUUGCUUUACAACUAUGAAAUAAAGUUGAAAAAGGUUCUUUCCAA